AUGGCGUAUUACUACCGUGGGGCCCAGUCUCCUCGCGACGAGCAGCAGGUCCCUCUCUACUCGAACCCGCUCUCACCACAACGUAAUCCGAACCGCCUGAGUGGUGGAAUGAUUGUGAACAACCCAGCUCGGAAUGGCUUGACGAGGAGGUUCACAACAAAUGAGAUGCCGACUUUGUCACCAAUUGGACAGCAGCGCAAACAGGCCGCAGGAGAUUAUAUGUUUCUUCGGCAGCAUGGCAGCAUAGCAGUGGGCUUGGGGGCUAUGGCAGCGAAAUUGGGCGAAACAGGCAGGAGAACAAUAAAGCUGGGGUCCAGUAGACAACAAAGUACCAUAGGCGAUGAGAUGCAGGGCGUGAGCUUGUGCGUCCAGGGAUCUGGCUUUCCCAAGAUGAUGCAGACCGAUGAACGAGUCCGUCAUUACGAGCUGCUCCUCGCUAAGCAGCGUCAACUUCAAGCCGAGCUUGCAGCAGUCGAUCCUGAGACGCGCCGAGAAGUAGACCAAGGCUUGCUCCACGAGGAGUCUAUUGCGGCAAUGAUGGCUGCCAGCGAGCCCACCAGCCCUCCGGAGUAUGGCAACGCUUUUCCAAAUGCGUUCUCGAAGCCCAACAGGUACUCGAACGCGAGCUUGAGCUCAGUGCAAGGAGCCACGAACCGAGCGAGUAGGUCAAGCACCCAGCUCACAUCGCCAUCGGCUGGAUAUGUGCGCCCAUACACAUCCGGGCACGCACAAAUUCCAUCACAGUCUGUACCAGGUUCGCGUCGUCAGUCUGAUGAUGAAGAAGAGGAUGACUUCAUCUACGGCUUCGAUACCGCCGUUAAUCGAGCGGCAGCAAAUCCAAACCGCAACUCCAUGCCAAUUACUGGCUACGGCCGCAAGCGCAACACAGCAGACUUAUCGACUCUCGCUUCAGUCAACCCAUCGAACUAUUUCCUCGACGAGAACGAGGUCAGCCACUUGCAGCAGCCUCACUCGAACACCACUUCACCGCCGAUAUCAAGAGCCUAUCUGCAAGUGCUUCAGACCGCAGACGGCUUCCCAAAGCUCAUUCGCCGCGAAGACAACGUUGACCUGCCGUCCUCCGCGCUCGAUCUGGCUCUCGCACAGGGUGUGGAUCCUCAGACGCAGCUUACCGACCGCUCCACAGCCAGCCGUCACCGCAUCUCUUUGCCACCCAGCGCUUUGAGCAGCAACUUUGGCAUUGCUCCACUCAACGGCAUACUCGCAAACGCUGAAGGCAAGCCCUCUGCCAACAACCGUCGUUCUAUGGAAGUCAAGUUCUCGGCUGAGACAAAGCGCCCAUCGAUCAUGGCUACACCGCCUCGUGGAGUGCCGAACGGCAGCGCGCAGAAGCCGACCACGUCUUACUCAACCAACGACAUUCCAACAUUGAGGAGCAUCAAUGGUGACGUCUCUGGUGCAGCUCUUCCAAACGUUUCUACCAUCACCUCUCCCCUCCGUCAGCCUCUCGGUCCUUCUGACUCUUCUCCUGACACCGAGAUCAGUCGCAUCACUUCUGCUCCAAGCUCCGCUCAACAGAGUCGUGAUCUUGCUUCAGCUAUCAUCAGGGCAGACGACGGGGGCGAUUCAUUUGUGCCUCCUCUCAACUCAGGCCUUCAGGCGAAUGCACAGCCUUUCGGCUUCGUUGGCAACUUUCACGACAGCAACAUGCCCAGUAACAGCGUCCAGAAUGGCGUUUCUCCAUACGCUCAGCCAAACUUCUACGGCGGCUACAACAUGCCAAUGCUCAACAAUGGCUUCAACAAUAUGAGUCUCAAUGGGUACGGUGGUCAGCCGCAAGCUCAGUCCCAGUGGCCCGGUCAGAUGGGUGGCUAUGGGCAGCAAAGCAGCUACAAUGGAUAUCAGCAGUACGGUCAAGGCAACCACGCCGUCGCUGGUGCUGGUCGAUACAGUGAUGGCCAGCGCGCUCAGCUGCAGCAGCGUCGUCAAGCUCAAGAGGAGGCCCAAGCUCGGUUCAGUACCAUCACCAUUGAUCAGCUUGUUGGCGAGAUCUAUACGUUGUGCAAGGACCAGCAUGGCUGCCGCUUCCUUCAGCGCAAGCUUGACGAGCGUGCAGACGAUGCUGUUAACAUCAUCUUUGAGGAGAUCAAGGAGCACAUCAUCGAGCUGAUGACUGAUCCUUUCGGCAACUACUUGUGCCAGAAGUUGCUCGAAUGCACCGAUGAUCAGCAGCGCACUGUUCUCAUGCAGAACGCAUCCCCAGCCAUGAAGAACAUUGCCACCAACCAGCACGGCACUCGCGCUCUACAGAAGAUGAUUGAGUUCAUCACGACGCCAGAGCAGAUCGAAAUCAUCAUCGACUCGCUUCGCACGGAGGUUGUGCCUCUCAUUCAAGACCUCAACGGCAAUCACGUCGUCCAGAAGUGCCUCAACCACCUCAGCCCGGAGAACGCUCAAUUCAUCUUCGAUGCCGUUGGUGCCCACUGUGUUCCUGUAGGCACUCAUCGUCACGGCUGCUGUGUCCUCCAGCGCUGUAUCGACCACGCUUCCGGUGCUCAGAAGGGGGAGCUCGUCAACCACGUCAUCGGCAAUGCCUUUGAGCUCGUGCAGGAUCCCUUCGGCAACUACGUCGUUCAGUAUAUCCUCGAUCUUAACGAGAACACUUUCACCGAGCCACUGUGCCGCAGCUUCGAGAACCACGUCGCCUUUCUCUCCAAGCAGAAGUUCAGCUCCAACGUCAUCGAGAAGUGCAUUCGCUGUGCCAACAACAACGUGAGGCGCUCUCUUGUCCAAGAGAUAACCGUUCCGAUCGAACUCGACAAGCUCCUUCGCGACUCCUUCGCCAAUUACGUGGUUCAGACUGCCAUGGAUUAUUCUGACGAGGAGACCAAGCGUGCUCUCAUCGAGAACAUCCGUCCCAUCUUACCUGCUAUCCGCCAUACUCCAUACGGUCGUCGUAUCCAGACUAAGAUUGGCGAGUACGACGCUCGCAUGUCCACGUCGUCCUCGAGCGCUCCCUCGGCCAUGGCAUCUGGCGUCACCACUCCUGCUGACCCGCUUAGCCCGCCAAGCGUGAACGGCAUUAUGAACGGCCUAUCUCCGUACAGUGCUGCUCAGACCGUGCCAUCUGGUGGUCGUGCUAAUCGUCAUGGCUGGGCCGGUCCUCCUCCUCAGUGGGGUGGCCUCGCCAACGGCGUGAGUGCUAACGGCAUGGCUAAUGGCAUGUCUGCCAACGGCAUCAAUGGCUACAGCACCAAUGGCUAUGCUGCUCCCAACGGCUACGCCAACCAUGAUGUCCCCGCCGAUAUCGCAUCACCUACUCCUCAGCGUCACAGCCAAGGCAACAACAUCUUCGCCGCCGAAGCUGCUCAUGCCUUCACCAACCCAACUGGCUUCAACCGCUUCUAA